AUGCUUACCCGUUUUAAAAACCCAUUCACUCCCUCCACCACUCCUUCUGCACUCCUUAUCAUUGGCAAGGUUGGGGCCACAAUCCAUGUUCUUUAUCUGCUACCCGAGAACGACACCAUCGAACGCUUCAGCCUCAUAACCCCUACUUCUACCACCACCUUCCGACACGGCGGAGCCACAGAGCAGGCGCGCGAGCAGAUCGGCGCGGUCACACUUCACAUUGCAGAUGGCGAGACUGCCGACAGCUUCCCCGACGACGUUGAGGCACGAAUCCGUAAGCUACGGAAUGAUUCCCUAAGCUCGAGCCCGGCACAGCUACAGAUAGGUAGUGUUGAGGUAACUCAGCUAGUGCAAAACUUCCUUCAGCCCGCGGCGCUCGAUGCAAUUCACGAAAGAGAGGAGCGAGCCCGCUCUAUACACGCGACGCAGACGUACCCUGUUUUUAUUGUUCACAUUAUGCGCUCGAGGGCAAGAAUGAUCCCGACUGAGCCGACAAGCUUUCCUUAA